GAUGACGCAGUUACUCCAUUUUGGGUCUCAGGCUGCAGUAGUUAGCUGUAGCUGUUAGCUUUGGAAACGCGUCGUUACUUAGUUCGGGUUUAUUUUUCCCGCUUCGAUAGUAAAGUUGAGUAAACAGAGAGUUGUCUCCGUGUUCAGGUCUGAAUCUGAAUUUUCUUCGCCUGAGACAUGGACGGAGAAGAGGACGACUUCAUGUCCGGGAGCCGCUCCGAUGACGGAGGUGGCACUCCGGUUCAGGAUGAACACCCAGCGUCAGACGGUGAGGACAUGAGGAGCGACAGGCAACAAUCUGAGGACGAGGGCAGCAACGAUGAGGAUGCCCCCCACGCCAUGGAGACCAGCGGGGCAGCCAGCGGCUCUGACAACGAGGGCCACCAAGGAGUCAACAGCGACUCGGAGGGCGAGGCCCCCAGGCACCACAACGAUGGCGACAAGAGUGACUCGGAGGCAGAGGCUCCUCGUCCCGCUGACAGCGAUGACGACUCUCCAGUCAAACGCAGGAUGAGCGGAUCAGACAAUGAGGAGGAGUCCCUGGUCAAACAUGGAGCUUCAGAAAACGAGGAGGGGGAAGGUUCGUCCCCUGUCAGACGCAGGGGCAGCAGCUCGGACAUGGAGGAGGGGGAGGAACGGCACAAAGCAGCCGCAGACAGCGACUCAGAGAACGAGGAUGCCAAACCUGUGGCAUCCAACCGGUCCAACGCUGACAGUGACUCUGACACAGAGACGCCUGCCAGACGCAAGGUGGCACAGAUAGACUCUGAAGAGGAGGGGAAGCAGCAGGAGGAGGUUGAGCGUGGAGGAGGAGGGAAGUGGAAAGCUGUGAUGCAGUCUGACAGUGAGGAGGAGGAAGGAGGAAGGAGGAAAGCUCCAGCAGGAAGUGAUGGAGAGCAGCAGGAUGAAGAGAGGGAGCAGAGAGACGACAGUGAUGACGAGAAGCCAGUGAAGAGGAAGAAGGCCAUCGUAUCAGACAGUGAGGAUGAGGAUGAGGAGAAGGAGGACAAACCAGCAGUGAAGAGGAGUCGGGCAGUGUCAGAUGAUGAGAACUCAGACAGUGAUGGGGGGUUAAUUGGUCCUGAUAAGAGUCUGGCAGCCAAAUUGAGGGAGCUGGGCUCAGACAGCGGGAGCGAUGACGAGGCGUCGAAGGCCACGGCGGGGAAGAAGGAUGAGAAGGCACUGUUCGGCAGUGACAGCGACUCUGGAGACGACGAUGAGGAGGAGAAAAUGAUUGCAGACAUCUUUGGAGAGUCUGGAGACGAGGAGGAGGAGGAGUUCACGGGUUUCAACCAGGAGGACCUGGAGGGGGCCAAGAAGGAGGCCAGGGAGAAGCAGCACCAGCUGGAGGAGGAGUCUGACUCUGAUGAAGGCGUUGACCGCAGUGGUCAAGACACCAGCUUCAUGUCUGACUUCGACAUCAUGCUCGCUCGGAGAAAAGCCAUGAACAGCAGGAAGAGAAGACACCGCGACGGAGGGACAUUCAUCAGCGACGCUGAUGAUGUGGUCAGUGCCAUGAUCACCAAGAUGAACGAAGCCGCAGAGGAGGAUCGAACUCUGAACAGUCAGAAGAAACCAGCGCUGAAGAAACUCACUCUGCUGCCACAAGUCGUGAUGCACCUGAAGAAACAGGACUUGAAGGAGACGUUUAUUGACAGCGGAGUGAUGUCUGCCAUUAAAGAGUGGAUCAGUCCUCUUCCAGAUAAAUCACUGCCUGCUCUCAGAAUCAGAGAGGAGUUGCUCAGGAUCCUUCAGGAGCUGCCCAGUGUGAGUCAGGAGACUCUGAAGCACAGUGGGAUCGGCCGGGCCGUCAUGUUCCUGUACAAACAUCCCAAAGAAUCUCGAUCCAACAAAGACCUCGCUCUCAAGCUCAUCAAUGAGUGGUCGCGGCCGAUCUUUGGUUUGACGUCGAACUACAAAGGAAUGACGAGAGAGGAGCGGCAGCAGAGAGACCUGGACCAGCAGAUGCCUCAGAGACGACGACUAAGUCAGCCUCAGAAGGUGGAGAGGGCAGAGGAACCUGACGUCUUCUCUCCACCAAUCAGUUCAGGGGGUCAGACGCCUCGCAGAGACCUGGAGAAACAGCUGACUGGAGAGGAAAAAGCUCUGCGACCCGGAGACCCCGGGUUCUGUGCCAGGGCUCGGGUCCCGAUGCCUUCCAACAAAGACUAUGUUGUACGGCCCAAGUGGAACGUAGAGGUGGACUCCAGCAGAGGUCCGAUGAAGAAGGGUUUGUCUCGUGUUGAUAAACAGAUGCGUAGAUUUGCUGACAUCCGCCGCCUAACGAAGACGGGUCACGCUGUUAAAAUCAGUGUUGAAGGCAACCGGAUGCCGCUCUGAUUUUAAUAUCCAUAGGAUUUAUUCACUUUUUGUUCCUGAACAAUCCCACAAUUAUCCUCCCCCUCCCCCCUCCUCCUCAGGUCCAGCUCUGCCUUACUAAAGGGCUGAGGUCAAAGUGUGAACAUCUACAGAGACUCACCUGUGCCUGGACACAAAAUAUUAAAUAUGAUCCACAAUGAUCCUUGGAAUGAAUGACAACUGCUCCAGAUUGACUGUAUCCACAGUGUUAGCAUUACACUUGACCUCAAAGUUGGCAGUCAGCUUUAUGUUGAAGUCUAUAAUACUAUCCAGUAAGUAUUAUAAAAUGACUCAGAGAUAAAAGUAAUGUCUAAAUUCAUUGUAUUGACUAAUGUUAACAGUUAGCUAUGUACCUUUUUACUUCCAAAUCAAGAAGGUUCCUAAUGUUAACUUAUGUUAGCAGUCAGCUACAUUAGCCUUAUCUGAAACCUAGCAAAAUCUACAACAUUGGCUUAUAUUAUCAGUUAGCUGUGUUAGUCUUAUCUCAAGACUAGCAUGGUCCAUUAGAUAAACUUACAUUAGCGGUCAACUACAUUUGCACUAGCUCCAAACCAAGAGGAUCCUCCAUGUCGACUAAUGUUAGCAUGAUGUUAGCAUUACCACCAAGCCAGCUAAUUAGCAUUCAUGUUUAUAUUCAAGUCCAAAAUGGUAAAUAAUGUUAGCAGUGAGUUGACAGAAUAAUGUGAGCUUUACAUCUAAGCUAACCAUGAUAGUUAAUGUUGGCAGUCUGCUACAUUGACUUUAGCUCCAAACCAACUGUAAAGUGUCGAUAAUGUUAAAUAAUUAGUACUAUAUUAGCUUUCCCAACAAGCCUGCUAAGUUAGCUAAUGUUUAGCUAACAAUAAUGUAACGUAAUGUAGCUUUAAUGUAAUGUAACUGACUGCUAACAUUGUCUUAUGUUAGCAGUCAGCUACAUUAGCUGUAUCUGAUGUUAUCUAAGGUUAGCAGUAUUUUAGCUUUAUCUACAAGCCAACUAAGUUAGUUGAUGUUAACUUAGUUGGCUUGGUCAGUUUACUUGAGUUAAAACCAAUGUAACUAAUGUUCAUAAUGUUAGCUUAUCAUUCAGCUACAUUAACUAUCUUUUUAAUAAUCAAGGUCUAAAACAUUAUUUAUAUAAGCAGUUAGCUAUGUAACCUUUUCUUCAAACCAUUACACUCAUUACACUUAUCAGAUCAUUUCUGUCCAUAAUUGACUAUAAUAAAAAUAUUUUCUUAAAACAAGUGACAAAAAUCUGCUGGUCCACUUAUUUUAAGAGUUUUCUGGAAAUGAGUGUCUUCAAACAAAAUGAGUAAAGCAAUUUUCUGUGCUAUAGUAAAGAAAAUUAACAUUCGUUUUAGAAAAUACAUUAAAAUUAAACUACAAAUCUCACCAUACUGGCAGUUUUCUCCACUUGUUUAAAGAAAAUAAAACUACAGACAAAAAUGUCUUUAUGACCUCCCAACAUCAGUCUUUUAACUUUAAAAACUUCACUAUAGCAGCUGCUUGUAGCUGACAUGAAGUUUUAUCACAGCUGCUGUUCCCCAUAAAGGACAAAACUACAGUCUCUUUACAGUCACCUGUGUGAGUUAUUUACAUUUAAACCAGGUGACUUUACUUCUGUACUACCAUCAGUAAGUAGGCAAAGGUGAGAUAAAACUGCCAAAACCAGCCACAGUGGAAAUUAAAUGAACAAUGACAGAUAGAGGGAGGUAAUACUGAUGGUCAGUUUGCUUCAUGGUGAUUCUGGUAGUUAGAGAUAAACUCGAUGCAGCUGAUUCAAGGAUCAUUAUGGUGAGAUUUUGAGAUUUUUGUCCAAAUUCCCCUCAAAUUCUCCAGUACUGGAUUUAAGAACAAAAUCUGCCCCUCACCCUCUUUGACUCUGAAUGAGAAGAUGUUUGUAUUUUACUAAUAGGCUGGCCAGACCUACCCCUCAGUCCAUUUUCUCUCUUUUCUGCUCCCGUAGCAACUUUACAGGUGGAAACUGUCUGCAGGACUCAGUUCACACAGGUAACACCAUGGCUCCAUUUGAUCUGGAUCAGUCUUGACUUUUAAAACAGACUCAAGGACUCUGUAGUGAAGAUGUGAGAUCUGAUCCCAAGUCAGUUUGUUGACUGUGUGAAUCAGCCCGUUUGUCUGCACUGUUCUGGAUCAGAUGAUACUUUUCUUAAUAAAGACUCAACAGAAACUCA